ACGGGAUUCGCAUCUUCUUCAGCCCCUCGGGCAGGCGCGCUGAGAAGUCAGAUUGUGACAGUUUCAGGCCUUUCUCACUUUUGUCCCUAUCUCUGCUGCCCUUACCACGCCAUCCGUACCAUCAACAUUACUCGGGGCGAAAAAACGCGUACCGAUCGCACCGAAAUUGGCAACCUGCGCUCGACGAUUUGACAAACACAGUGCGCGCACACCCACCAAACAAACCCCCGGACCUGUUUCUCGAGGGCCGAGUCUGCUCGAGUCGAGGGCAGCGCGCGGAGAGGAGCGAUGGCCGACCUAGGGCUCCCGCACAACCAGCUCACAACAAUUCUGAAUGCGCUCGCGUCCAUCGAUCGCCGCCUCGGGCGCAUUGAAGCAGCCUUGAAAAUACCCAGCUUCAGCAACGCGAACCCCGCUGUCUCGGUUCCUCUCGCGUCCCCCUCCCCCGCCAACCCCGCGACCACAGCUCAGGCGGGGCACAUCGCGCCCGCCCCACCACCACCUCCUCCACCAGCACAGGCAUUGGCUAGUACUGCGCAUGGGCAUCACCAACACCAACACCAACACCAGCAACACGGUCAACACCCCGCGGCAGGUGUAUUAAUCCUAAACAACCACCUUAACAACCCCUCCCCCAACCCCGCAACCAAUCCCAACCUGCCCGGGCCCCACCUCGCCAACCCCCUAAACACAACCGACACCACAACCACCACCCACCCCAACCCCACCUUCACCCCCCUGGAACCGCCACCACAAGGGUACACCAUCUCCUCGCGGGCCGCGAUGCAGGACGAGCUGGACCAGUGGACGCUGCCGCGGGGGUACAGCAUGCGGAUCGCGGGGGCCAAGGUGACGGGGAAGCGCAAGGUGCGGUGGGUGUGUUUCCGGGGCGGGGAGGCGCGGCACCACCGGGCCCCCGUGGACGAGGCGGUGGUGCGGCAGGCCAAGGCGGAGGGGCGGCGCAAGCCGACGACGGACCGCGCCAGCAAGAAGUGCGGCUGCCUGUUCAAGUUCGAGGUCAUCGAGACCGUCAAGGACAGCGACGUCUGGGUGCUGCACUACCCCAACGAGGAGCACAAGGUCCAUAACCAUGGCCCCUCUGACACCACGAGUGAUCCCCGUGCCCGCAAGCUGCCGGGGUACAUGUCGGCUGAGGUGGAUCGGUGGUUGAGGGAUGGCUGGCUGGUGAGUAAGAUUCAGGAGGAGCUGCGCGGGAGGGGGUUUACGAAUGUGCUAAAUACGGAUUUGUACAAUCGGAAGCGGUUGUUGAAAAAAGAUGGCGGUCCGGGGGAGGAGGGGGGUUGAGUUGUUUUGGUAUGACAGCAGGACUGCAUUUGAAACGGCGGGA